AUGGGAGAAUUGACGCCCUUGAAGCGACAGCGUGGAUGUGAUUUGGCAAUUCUUCAGAGAGCGAGUCUUAUCGUCAGGGGAAGUGUCCAAACCGGGCAGGACGGCAACAGAAUGCGACAGUCAGAUGGCUGCCUAGAAGAAGGGACUUUCGUACUUGUUCAGACCAUCAAUCCUAGUCACAAGUUGGGCCGCGCAAUGAAGGGAAAAGGCACAUUUUCGGUGAUGGGGAUAGCCUCAAAAAGCGCAAGUCAAAUCCUGCGAGAGUGCACAAUCGCUGUGGGGGCUCAUAUAAACCUCGGCUCAAUCGAGUAUGUUACUGGGGAAGCUCACGAUAUGCUGACUGGAUAUUCUGAGAACACCACUCGUUUUCAAGACCAGGUUAGCUCACCGAGAAGGUUACCAGAAAAGCACAUGAGUCUAGUAACGAUCUUGAUUAGAGUAUAUGCAUUCACAACGGGUUGCAAAUGGCGCGUAGAGUCGAGAUCAAUCGAGGUUGAAGAGUGCAAAGUUCCACCACUUGCGAGAACCUCUCGCAAGAUCAUUGAGAGUGCUCCUAAAUGGCGCAGUCGGGACCAAAGAUGCACGCAAUCAGGCUUGAACUACCAUGCCCCCGAAGAUGAGGAAACGUGGCUGGCCUUUUCGGGACUCUUCGCCCACGAUGCGAAUAUGGAAGUGGUACAGCAACAGCCACUAGAGAGGCGGGAUUGGCGCCAUGUGCCUGGCCUGGUGGCGGGGAGAUUCUCCCGCUGUUCGGGCCAAAAGAAGGCCUUAUCUGUGGUCGCAUGCAGUAGCAGUUGUAUCGGGCGUCGAGAUCAGACGGAGGACUACGGCCCUGCAUCGACUUUCGGGCAGAGUCGGUGGCAUUGGGUGCCGUAG